UACAGACGUGGACUUCAGUUUCGGUGACAUCUCAGGUUUGUCCCGGUAAAAAAUUAAAAGUGAAUUGUUUAAUAUGGCAGAAACUAAUGGUGAACCGGUUGUCAACAACACUGUUGCUGAAAGUGUUGAAGACUUUUCAGAAUCAGAAACGACUGAGGUUGAUCAUGCUGCGAUAGAAAGUUUACAUGCUUUAGCUGUCGAAAAUCUUGAUUUACUUCAGGAUUCCAUAUAUGUACAGAAUUCAAGCUUAAAGGAAAAAUAUGUUCCUGGACCACUUACUAAGGAAGGUAAAUCAUUUGAGGAUGUUAAGCAGUAUUUAUUGGGUCUCAUUGCACGUAGUGAGGCCGAAGAAGAAGAAGAACUUGCUGUAUCUUAUAUAAGGCCUAGGAGACAUAUUGAUAGUGAAGUACAGAAAGCAGCUUUAUUUUCCCAUACCUUGGCAGCAUAUAUUAGUACCAUGAGUAUAAACCUUGUGUGCAGAAUUACAAUGCAAAUGGUGUCAGAUACAUCAUUAUGGAUUAGUAAAACAUUUAGGUUUUUUGAUUCCCUUGCUUAUUUCAAUAAAGAUAGUAAAGAAGGUUUAAUACGUGUUAUUCGCAUGGUGCUGCAUUCACGUUACAUGCGGUACUCGAGUACUGGUUAUGAAGCAUUGUUUACUCGCCCUCCUGUUAUUUAUUAUUGUGACUGUUAUGGAGUUGGCAAAUAUGUCUCACACUUGUGCUCACAGCUUGGUCUUCCAUUAUCAUGUAUUACAGCUGUACCAUGCCUUCCAGGAUCUGAGGGUCGUUUCAGAAUGGAUACAGCUGCAUUAGAGAGAUGCAUCAAAGAUGACUUAUCUGCAACCAGGACUCCUUUGUUAGUUAUUGCCAAUGCAGGCAUGCAUUUAGUUGGCUAUGUUGAUAAUCUACAAAAAAUUCAAGAAAUAUGUCUUGCUCAUAAUGUAUGGUUACAUGUGCAGGGGCAUAGUUUAGCAGCUCUUAGUUUAGUUGUUGUUCCCAACUUGCCUUCAAAUUUAGGUGAUAGCAUGACACUGAGUUUAGGAAAUUGGAUUGGGCUUCCUUCUUUGCCUUAUAUUACACUGUAUAAAGCAAAGGAGAUGGCUCAUGUUCAUGCUGCUGGUUUAGGACAAGCUUCAUAUGGGCAUUUAGAUUUCCUUCCUGUUUGGGUUGCUAUACAAAUACUCGGUCAAGAAAAUCUUACUCAGAGGAUUUGUCAUUGUUUUGAAUUGGCAGAUGGUCUUUUAUCAGUUGUUGAAAGGUUUUCUGAGUUAAGAAUCAUUAGUAAAAAAAAAGUGGUAACGAAAGAUGGUCAGCGGUAUGAAGUGUCUGAUAUCGGAGACAAAAGUAUUCCUACGAUGGUUUUGUUUGAAGCUCUAACGACUGUAGUUGUGUUUCAGUAUGUUCCACGGUCAUUGAAAAAUGGAGAACAGCCUGUAAAAAAUCCUCCUUAUUAUGAUAAUUUAAACUCAUGGCUUGUGCAACUAAUGGCAAGACAAGUACCAAAUAUUAAGACAGAAAUAAUAGAAUUAGAAGACUAUGGCAUAUGUUUACGAAUCUGUCCUCUGGAAAGUGCUCAUCUUCUUGAAUCCUCAAAAGAAGAUGUUGAACAGUAUUUUAUUUGCCUUCAGCAACAAAUUAAUAUCCUUAAUUCGACUGUGAUACAAAAAGAAAAACUUUAUAAAGAACAUAAAAACCACCGCAAGUUGCAGCUAGUUGAGAUUGCAAAUUGGGCUGGAAUGGGAGGUAUAAGAUACAUUCCUGAAUUUUGGGCUGACAGAUUGAAUGAGCUAACGGAUACUGGAAAAGCGGAUAUCAAUCAGUUAAAUUCAGACCUGGUCACAAAGUUAAGGGCAACUGAUUCUGCAUUUUCAUUAGGUGAAGCUGAUGAUGGCAUGCUGUGUGUAAGAUUUGGUAUGGUUGAUGAUAAUUUAGACAUGGACGAAUUAAUAAGCCUUGUGGUUUCAGCAGGGCAGGAAUUAGAAGAAUCAUCUAAAUUCUUGGAGACAAUGUCAGAAAUGAUCAAGCAUGGGAUAGAAGAAGCCAACAAAGAAUUAAUACAAGAAAACCAAGAAAAAAUUCUCCAAGAGGGUGUUUUAAGGCAGGUCCCUGUACUUGGUUCGCUUGUAUCUUGGUGGUAUCCAACAUCAAAAGAAACUGGAAUCAAAGGCAGAAGUUUUAAUCUAUCCUCAGGUACGAUUGAGAGUACAGAAAACAUUUAUAAAUAUCACAUGCAAAUAAAAGAAGGCUCCAAAUCACCACAGACAUCUACUAAAGUUCUUGUUUCAAGUAGUUCUAGUCAGUCACUUUCCACUGAACAAAAAGGUAACACUGUUUCCUAGACUACACGAUAGGAACUCUUCAAUACAGUUUGUGAUAAUUAAUAUAUAUAACAAGGAACUGUAUGAUCUUUAAAUCAUUUAAUAUGUAUGAAACAAAUCAGAAUACUUAUGUGAUUGUGUUUUGCAUAUCAAAAUUUUUUAUACGAUAUUGUAUUAUAAAAUACAAUGUAAACAAUAAUUGAAAUUUUUUCUGUAUAGUUUUUUAAUGUAAAUUUAUUUCUUUGCUGUGUUAAUAAGAGAUUGUUAAAUGAGAUUAUUGUUCCAUAUAUACUUUUGAAAACUGUAUUAAUAAUUUAGUUGCUUUGUUAACUAUUUCUUUACAAGUGAUAGGCUUCUCUUCCGUUACCUCUAGUCAUUGGCUUUUCAUGGUCAGUAAACAUGUUAACACAUUCCCUGCCACGUGGGGUGUAUGUGCCCCACGCUAAACUUUCCGUUCAAGCCAUUUGGUAUUAUCAUUGUAAAAUGAAGAAUUUUUUAAAAAUUCAUUAUGCAGUCAAUUAUGGGCAUUUUAAUACUACUGCUGAUGCCCUCAUUUAAUCCUGGGGUGUAUACGCCCCAUGCGGCAUGAUGGGCAAUUUUUUUUCUCCAUAACUUGUUUCAACUAGAUUCCUCGUAUUUUGAUCAGUCAUUUAUUCGUGUGUCGUUGAUACACUACUUACUGCUUCACUGAAGCUGGGAUUGAUUUAUAGUUCAGUGUGUUAGACAAAGGAAAUACGGUAUGUAAAUAUUAUUUCAGUGUUAUAAAUUCAGAUAUUUUGCAUUUAAAAAUGGUUGCAAUUUUUCUCGCCUUUUCUUCUUCAGACCUUUUCCAAAUUUUACAAUAAUUACUCUUUAUAAGCAUAUAUGGCAUCACACAGCAACAGUUUUUCUAGUGAUGAUUCUGACGACGGGGAAGGCCACUUUAAUUCGAUAAGAAGGCGCUGUAAAAUUUGUUACAAAAGAAAUGUUAAAAAUUUGGGUUCCUAAUUGGCAAGAAACUGUACUGUAAAAGUUGCGACAUUCUCCGAUAUUUGUGCGGAUAAACCAUACUUAUGUUUGCCAUGUUUUAAUAAAGUUCAUCGUAACAUCCCUUUGUAAUUGCAUACAAACUUGAAUUUAACUAAAAUGUUAUAUUUAAAACUGAUAUACAUACGAUAAAAAAAAUUACAUAUGAGGAUGCAACUUGCUUGGCAUAGUAAUGUUCAGCCAGGUAUUUGUUAAACUAAUUCCUAGAAAAAUUAAUUUAUUGGUUUGUUGUGUUAUGCAUGUUAAACUAUACAACCUUUCCUUGAUAAUUAUGAUUUUUGCUCUAUUUUAAUUAUCGUAAGGCAUACACCAGAAACAAAAUAAUACAAAUGUAAAGCGUAAGGCGCAUACGCCCCAGGCGGCCUGAAUGGGAAGUCUUCAAAAAACGGUCUGGCAGAGAACGUGUUAAUCUAAUUUUAUACUAUACUGCUAUUUAAUGAUAAUGGGCUUUAAGCUUCUUUAUGAAAAUUCUAAUAAUUUACCUGAGCCCAAAAAACAUACUAUAACAAUGGUGAAAGCAAACCAGUUUUUGCACUUAAGUUAGUGAAACAAAAAUAUGAAUAUUUUAAUGAAAAUGAAAUGAUAGUUAUUAUAAAAUAUGCAUUAGUUAAUAAUAAUAUUUUGAUGAAAUUCUGACCCUAGCACUUAGCAGCAAUACCUGAUUUAAAUUUUCACUGAUUUAACAGAAAUAGAAAUAUUAGUACAUACUAUUUUUCAAAAACAUUUAUUCUAUUUCUCCUAGAUUUUUCAUAAAAUGCUCAUCAAACAGAAUAUUAUUAAAAUGUUAUGAGAAGGAUAUGCAAGAACACUGUGCACAUUAAAAUAAUGCUUUAAAGAAACUUCCAUAAAUGUAUAUAAUAAUCUAAAAAUAAAUAAAUAUUUUAUAUCAGUGUUGUUAAAAAUUUGUGUAGAACAAAAAUUUUUGUAAAUAAAAUGUGUGAAUUUGUUCUCUAAAAUCAUAUGUUGCUUCUAGUAAUCAUAGGCAUGCCGGUCUUUCUUUUUGAGUAACUCAUUAAAACUUUCAUCUAUGUUUUGUCAAACAUGAUAGAAAGUUAUAUAUACUAUUUUGUGUGUCAUUAUAGUAUAAUUAUCUUAUUCAAUUUAUGUUGAUCAAUUCCAUUAGGAAAAAUUUAUACAAAGCAUAUACCAAAUCUAUGCAAUCAUUUACUUUUUAUAAAGUAUUUGUUUUGACAUCAGUUCUGUCCUGUAAGUCUUGUAUUUGCAAAUGCUAAAUCUGUGAUUGUAUUUUUUUGAAAUCUUCUAAAAGUACUGUUUUUAGAUAUCUUUUCCCCUUUCUUUAUUAAACACUUUACACAGAAAUUAUUAUAUUUUACUCACAUAGCUGCUUAAUAUUUAUAAUAUUUAUUAGAAAUUAACAUUCAAUUUUAAUUAAAUUUGUUUUUAAAAUUGCAUUUAUAGCUUUAAUAAAAUAAUGCAGUUUCACAUCAAACAGUAUGAAUUAUACAAUUAGUGAAUGUAAUAUGGUAGUAUAUGUACGCACAUGAAAGGAAAUUUGUAAUUUUGAAUAUUUCUAAAUGCUACAAAAGAAGUAAACAGUUUCAACAAUUUCUUAAAAAAAGCACAAUGUAAGUUAUUGUAUAUUACUUUUUAUGAAGAGGUAUAUGAAGUCUAAGUUUAUGUCAGAAAUUUUGCAGAUGCUCUUUGCAUGUAUCAUCAGUUCACCUGGCACAAGCUAUUUAGUACUCUAGUACUUGCCAAAUCCAAAAUAAAACAUCUUAGUCAGGUACUAUAACUAUAAUUUACAUGAGGUGAAUAAUGCAGAUUUUUAAAAACUGUAACCACUUUUGCAAAAUUUGCAAACUCUACACUAUUAAAUCUAAAGAUUUCUUCUCGUUCAUUCUUUAGAGUGAAGAUGUCACGAACACAUUCAACUUGUUUUCUGGAAACGUGAGAUUCUCCAUGACUUUUACACAAAUAGCUUAAAAUUUUUUUUUGUAUCAAUGUAGGUAUAUUUUCUGAAUUUUAAUCAAAAUUUGUAUUGAAUCAUAGUAACAGAUUCCAUUUUGCUGAAUUCUAAAAUAGAAAAUACCUUCUCCAUAGCAAACAUGGCCAUUUACACUGUAUCUCAUUUUCUGAUAAAUUACUUAAAUCAUUGCAUCAAGUAUGAAACGUAUCUGAACAUGUAUGAUUGAAUAUCAUCUGAACAUGUACAAUUUCUGCAUAUAUCUGAAAUCAGAUUUACAGCUAUAUGCAUUAAACUUGGAAGAAUUUUAAAUAACUUGAUUAUAUAUAUUUUUCAGAUCAAUGCAUCAGUCUAAUUGCAUAUAAAAAAAUGCUUUUAAAAGCAUUUAUGUGGCAUUAUUACUGAAAGGAAAAAAAAAAGAGAAAUAUGAAAAAUUCGUGGUGCAACUCUUUUUAUAAGCAUUAUUCCCCGCCCCACUAAUAUUUGGUGCUACAUUUUCUUUAAUGCACAAUUACUUUUGUUAAAAAUAAUGUAUUUACAAUCUAUGUAAUAAAUAAUGUAUUUACAAUCUACAACCUUUUAAAGUUAUUAAGAAUAUACAGUUAACUAAAAAAUAUAGUUUUUUAAAAUUAAAUGUGUGAUUAUUAAUAGAUAUUGUCUUUUCAUUAAGCCAGUGAAUCAAAUAUUAUUUGUACUGCAUGAAUAUUUGUAUGAAGUCAUUCCAUUUGUUUAUCACCAUUUUAAUAUCUUUAAAAUGUCAUCAAAUUAUUUUAGAUUUGGCAUGUUUUAUGCACAGUCUUUUAAUAAAAAAAUUCCAAUAAUUGUGUUAAACAUGCAAUGAUUUUUGUAUGAAUAUAACACAUUAUUAUUUUUUCAUUCCCAUUUUAUAAUACCUAAGAUGAUAUUUUGCUUCAUGCUGACUAUGCUUAACGCUGCUUGUAAAACUAAUUAAAGAUCUAUGUUUUGCACUGUAGCAAUACUAAGGUGUAUAGAUAACUACAUACUAUAGUGUGCAAAUUAAUUGGACAAAGUGGUUUUUUUCAUAUAAUUUUUAAGUUUGUUGCCAGCAGGUAUCUCAAAGCAAAUUUAGUUACCUUAAUGCCAUCUGGAUAUGUGCUUUCGACUACUGAGAACUAACUAGUUUAGAAAAUAAAUUAGUAUUAUUGAACCAUUUUUAAGCUUGUGAGAAGAGGAAGUUACUUUUGUAUAAUUUUUAAAUAAAUUUUGCAUUCAUUCAUUUUAGCAUACUAAAAAUGGAUAUAAUGCCUAGAAAGAGAGCAAGAAUUAUCACACUUGAAAUUUUGUAUAAUUUUUAAAUAAAUUUUGCAUUCAUUCAUUUUAGCAUACUAAAAAUGGAUAUAACGCCUAGAAAGAGAGCAAGAAUUAUCACAAUUGACGGUCACAUAUCUAUGACUCUUAAGAAAUAUUUCUUCCGUGACUGAUGUUGGAAAAUAAAGCAUUUCUCAGAUUCUGAGAAGACACAAUGAAACUGGAUCAUUUUUUCAAGAAAGGAAAGGCGCAAUUAUGAAAGGAAAACAACUCCAAAAUCUGAUCCAUUUAGAAAUAGCAUUAUUAAUCCAAUAAAAGUUAGCAAAUACCUUAAAAGUGAUUCUUUGUCUAUUGGUAUUGAUAUUCAUCCUUCAAAUGUGCAACAUAGACUUUUCACUGCUAAUCAGAAGAUGAGAAAGUUAAUUAAAAAACAACUUUUGACACAUCAGAUAAAGCAAAAACAAUUACUGUGGGCCAAAAAUACAAAUCUUAAACCAUAAAUAACUGGAAAAAGGUAAUUUUCCACGAUUAGAUCCAUUUAUAUGUUCAUACUUACACAUAUCACAGAGCAAGCAAAGUGAUUAAAUACCUCAAAAACAGAUAUUUUGGGGUUUUUCACUGCAGAUAGCACUGGAAGUCUAGUUCUUAUUGAUGGAAUCAUAAAUUCAUCAAAGUAUACAGAAAUUUUAAAGCAUAAGAUUGUGCCAGUUUUGAAAACCUUUGCAGGGACAAUCAAACAUAAUUGACUCCACACCAUAAUUCAAAACCUGGCAGAAGGUUCAAGGUGGAAAAUAAAAUUAUUAUCCUAGAUUGGCCUAGAAAUUCACCAGACUUAGAUCUGAUCGAAAACUUGGGACAGGUUCUCAUGCAACAUUUUAGCAAAAUGGAUUAUAUGACAAAAGAGUGCUUGAUUAAGAAAGCUGCAAAAGUGUGGUUCCAUGAUAAAAAUGUAAAAAAUAUAUGCACAAGAGUAGUAGAAUCAAUGCCUAAGCAUAUUCUUGAGGUCAUUUUUGCUAAAGGAGGACAUAUUUCUUAUUAAAUUUAUUAUUAUUACUCUUAUGUAUGUACAUAAAUUAUAAAAAAAAAUCACUUUGUCCCAAUAUAAUUUAAGCAUUAUAGUAGUCUAAUGUAACAGUCCAAAAUUUUUGGAAGACAGUGCUAACAAAAAAGAAAGCAUUUCAUGAAACAAUUAUAUCAAGAUCUAAGCCUCAUCUUGGUUUACGCUAGUAAUGUUUUGUCAUAUUUUAUUUUCCUAACCUAUUUAAGACUAGUUUAAGGUCAUCAUUUAUCAGCACAAUCUAGUAGUGUUUCCUUUGCUCUGUAUGCUUAUGUAAGUGAUUGUCAUGUGCUGAAAAUCAACGUCUUUAUUUUUUACUGUAUGUACGAAAAGCUGCCUUUCAAACGAAUUUUUUUAUUAAUAUAGAAAUAAAAUUUGCAAUAAUUAGAGCACUUAACAAUUUAAUUAUUGUUUAAAUUUGAAUAACUAGUAAUAUAUUUACAUUUAUUAAAAAAGAUUUAAUCACAUAGCAAUAUAUGUAUGUAAUUAAAAAUAUGUAAAUUCAUAAAAAAUUAAUAUAAUUGUCAACUUGCGUGAUAUUUCCAAUUCCAUGCAAAAUCAAUAAAUCAUAUUUUAUUGCUUACAGAUUAAGAUUGUUUCAGUGUAUGAUUUUUAAAAAUUUUGGAUUGAUUUUUGACUGAUUCACUAUUGUAAAAAUUAUUCAUUUAAGAUUCAUAUGACCAUUAAUUCUUAUUUAAAAAUGAAAUGUCAAACGAUAGAUAUUGCAAAUCUUAAUUAUGUAGUUUUAUUUUAUAUCUGCAUAUGUCAUCUGUUUUAUAUGACUUACAAAUGUUCCUAUAAAAAUACAGAAUCAAAAGAACAAAAUUUUGAAUUUUUGGAAAAUUAGUUGAUGAUGAUGUCAUAAAAUUCUUUCUAAUUGCCAAAAUUAUUGAGUAUUCUACUCAAGAUAAGCUAUAAUUAAAAUAUAAAUGGAUUUUGGAUGAGAAAAUUAGAGGAUUGGAAUCUCUUCAGGACAAGCAUUAUCAUAGUAGUUAUGAGAGAAGUUAGAGAAAGGCAGAUGUGGCCUGAGAUGCUUUUUUUAAGUAACAUAAUAUAGUAAUGUUAAUUUUGUAAUAUUUUAUCUCUUCAGGUUGAGAAGGUUAUAUUUUCCUUUACCGGGAAGUAACUACCAAGCCACACUGACACUUUAGUAUUACUUGCAUUAAUUUCACAAAAUGUUUAUAUUAGGUGCAAAAGCUAUGUCAAUAAUGAGCUAUUUUGAAGUUAGAUUUUGGAGUUGGUUACAAAUUGAAUUUAAUAACCUUAAUAUAAUACACAAAUAAGCUAACCAAAACAUAUUUUCAAUACACUUCAAUAGUAAUUACUCAUCAGAAACUCUAGAUAACUAUGAAACAUGAUUUUAUAAUGUAAAAGAAGAAAUGUACAAUUACAGCUUCAUACUGGAUACAGCCCCCCUUAUUUAAAAAUAGAGGAAAAUUUUUACAAAUCCUUUGAAAAUAUAUAUAUAUAUAACUUUUAACUAAGCUUCUUCUGUACAAACAUAUUUAGCUACUUGGGAAUCUAGUCAUUUGAUUGCUUAAUCAUUUAUAACAAGACAUGCAGUCCACUCCCCUUUUUUUGCAAGUGGAAAGAUGUCUUUCUUAAGGACUUUUUAAAAGAAACUAGCUCAGGUUCACAAAACAUAUUGAAAGAAAAACUCAUGUAAUUAAGUGUGAAGCAUUGAGAGGCAGACCCAGGAUGAAUUACAGAUCUCUUGCAGCUUUACUCACUUUCAGACAGUUUAGCAAGUAAGGAAGCAUUCUGCAUGAUUUCAAAAUAUCACACAUAAUCCCAAAUUUUGAAAAGACGAGCAUUAUUUGUCAUGUCAAUAUCCACAUUUUAAGAAUGAUUAGUGAGACUUGCACUAAUUUAAUAUAUUGCUACUAUAUUGAAAUACCUGUAGUCAUGCAUAAACAUGACAAUAAAAUCUUAAGAUUGUUAACCUAAUUUUUUUUCUCUUAACCUUUGCCAAUUACCAGCUUAUCAUUUUUCAAUGCUCAAAAUUUUUUAAAUCAAUAAAAUGAUAUGCAAAUAAGAAUUAAUUGAUUACUAAAUUUAUGAUAAUUUUAUAAAUAUAAAUUUCGGGCAUAAAAUUUUAUGUAGCGAUGAAACAUAUUUGUAUAUAAAAUACCCAAAACUCCUUAAAAAUGCAGUAUAGAGUCACACAAGAUGUAAUACAAUAGAAAUUAGAUACAAAAAUUAGUUUUACAAAUCUCUUGUUCAUAUGAUGCUACAAUUUUGUGGUAUUUUUAUUAUACUGAAUUUUUUUUUUUUUUUAUAGAUUUUAGCAACUUAACCAUUUUAUGAUACAUAUACAAACUACAACAUAUUUUUAAGUUUAAAUUUAUGUAACAGCAUAAUGUUAUGUUUUAUAUGAUUGAAUGAGACUUUUGUAUCGAUUUUAGUUAACAAAGGCUUAAGCUAUAUUUUUAAGAAAAUAUAUUUGGUGUUUUUUUUCUUUUUUCAAACAGUAUUAUUUAUAUUAUUGUUUUUAUGCAUUCAUUUGUAAUCAUAACUGCACAUUAGUACAUAAAAUGCAAUACAUGUAAUUUUCUGGUAUUCUUCGUUUGAAUUUGUUUACAAAACGUGAUCAUAUGAUAUAGUCAAAUUUCAAUUGUUAGGUAUGCUUUGUUCUAAAAUAUAUGUAAAAAUAAUUAUAUGAUUUUAAGAUUAUCAAACAUCUGCAAUGUUAUUCUUGGUAUUUUUAUUAUUUUUAUUCAUUCUAAACAUUAACACAGUAAUAAAACUGUAUUGUACUUUCCUAUUGAAAAAUGGAUUUAAGAAGAGUAUAAUAUAAAGAAUUAUAAAUAUAGUUGAUAUUCAAUAUUUAUGUUACAAAUGUGCAUAAAUAAGCAGAUUUAGCCUUUAUAUUAGUCUUCUCUCCCCAAAUGAACAAACAUUGUACAGAAAACUCUAAUAAAAAUUUUCUUAAUACCUGGAA